AUGAGGCGCAGGCGCAUGGUGAGUGAGCACCAAUCGCCCCACUUUUGUGUCUGUAUAAAACUUUUCAGGAGCCUGUGCCAGGUUGCACUUUCUGUCAGUCCAGGGCUCCAGUUUGCCGGAGAGGUGAGAGAGAGAGCAGUGAGAGAGAGAGAGGAGAGGGAGUUGACAGUUUUUAGCCCAAUCCUACACUUUUAUAAAGUGGUGGGUAACAAUUAAUUUCUCUGGUUGUAAAACCUCAUAACCGGAGAACUACCUACCUACCUACCUACCUACCUACCUACUGCACCAAACCACGCAUUACCGGAUAGUGUCCUAAAUGUGUCUUUGUUUUGUCCUCUUCUUCUGAAGCGUCUCCUGUUUGGUGAGGAUGGAGAAUGCACACGCAAAAGAGCCGGAAGAGGUUGUGUCAUACUUUGGUGUCGACCAGACCACCGGCCUCACACCAGAACAGUUCAAGAAGAACCUGGCCAGAUAUGGUCACAACGGUGAGAAAGAGAGACUGAGAUGGAUGGAUGGAUGGAUUGAUGGGAAAGGAUAGAGAAACCAAGGGAUGGACAGAGGGACUUGGAGGUGGAUAAGAGGAGGGAUAGGGCUUGUUGGAAAGAUGAUGGUGAGGAGGAGGAAGAGGAGGAGAAAAAGGAGGAGGAUCUGGUUGGGUGUAGAGGUUCGGACCCAAAAUAGGGUUAAUUGGUGCUAAAUGCUGUGGAAAGAAUGGAUGCGAUGGAGGGACAGACAGACAGACAGCAACAGGUGUUCCUCUGACUUGGAAAAAAAUGUAUCUUGGAAAACAGUUAGUCUUUGUUUUGGUUAUGACGAGGGGAAGGUCGAAUGUUGACUCUUUGUGAUUGGCUGGCUGGCUGGCUGGCUGGCUGGCUGGCUGACACAUUGGCGCGCAGCAACCAAAAUGGUUCACGUGACCUUGUGAUGGUGUUGCAGAUACCAUUUGAAGGUCAGCGGCACCAAGGGAUGCUUGUGUAGUGUAGUUUGUGAUCAGUCCAGUACAGGCUCUCUAUUGUGGUUGGUUGGUUGGUUUCCAGAAGUUCCUGACAACUUCUACAUGCAUAUCUGUUGUAUCAGUCCUUUUAUUUUAGUGUAUUUGCAGUUAGCACACUUGAUAAUACCAUUGAGUGGCUAAGCUUCAGACUAGAUAUACAGAGGCAGAAGUUAAGUUAUGAGGCUUAUGAUAAUGUUUUUAUGAAAAUGUUUCUUCUUGGUCAUCCAUGCUUAAAUCAUGAUAUAAAGCAUUGGUAUAGUCAUUGUCUCAUCCAACCAAUGAAAAGCAAUGACUGACUCAAGGCUCUGAUUGGCUAACCAAUCAGAGGUCAGUGAGAAGGACAGAGGUUUGCUAUGGCUACUGUAGAGCCGACCUGGGACAAACCAAGGCCUUAACACGUUUGCAAACUUUUGCUAAAGAAAACCAUUUAGUUUGAUCCUUUAGAAAUAAAGUAGAAUCACAGUUGUGCAAUGCCAGUUCUUUGGUUUGUUCAUGUUUUUGCAGAAUUUGAAGAUUUGAGUUGAGUUCAGAUAGAUUUCAGUCCUGACGUAAGUUAUCAAUCAAAAGGUGGAUGACAUGACCAAAGUAAAGGUUUUUAGCUAAUUAACUAUAGGUAUUUGUAUCAAAUGCAAAAUUUUGCACCUGUAUUUUCAAUGAUCUGAUCUGACCUAGCAUUUCUGCUAUCAAAGUUAGAGGUAGUAGGCCUAAUGCUAUUCUCAAUUAGCGAUUUUAGUAGCAAAUAGCAAUGCUAUGCUAAUAAUCUCCUCUCGCUCUCUUUCCCCUUUUACAGAGCUGCCAGCUGAGAUUGGUGAGUUCCAAACGUUUAUCUUUGCCCCUCACACACCUGUCUGUGGUCGGUCUGCACACACACUCCUAUUUCCGUCCCAGUGUCCGGGAGGUUACACAUCCCAUCAGUCACACUACUUCUUUAUUUCUUGUCACCAUGUCACACACAAACAGACACUUACACACACACACACAUACACACCUGUUGUUCUGCUUUCUGCCUGGGAUGAUGGACUUCCUGUCAGUCGUGUUGUCGUGACUUCUGUCAUCACGAACCCUCCAGACAUUCCGAAUCGCCCAUUUAUCUCUGUUCACGCCCCCUCUAGGGUUUAAAAUCAUUGGAAUGGUUGGUGUAGAGUAGCUAUAUUUUUUUAUCCAAUCCGAUGCUUGACAGGGAGGGGCUACACACUUCAGACAGAAGGAAGGGGAGGAUGUGAAUGGGAUUGCUCUUGUUGUCAAACUUGUCAUAACCCUGAAAGAAGAGGAUCUUCCUAUGCACAGAUCUGUGUCCUAACUUACCCAUCACAUCUGCCACAUAAAACCUUGAAAACACAGAACUAAAAAUGUGCGUAAUUGCGUCAGAUGCUUCAGUUGGCUCGUCAAUAGUUCAAACAGCCACAAAGUCAUGAACCCCCACCUAUUUCUACAAUUGAUCUUCUUAAAAUCUGAUUUUAAACCACAGGCGGCUGGUGGCACCUUCAUUGGGGAGGACGGGCUCAUAGUAAUGGCUGGAACAGAAUAAAUUGAAUGGUAUCGAACACAUCAAGCACACGGUUUCCAUGUGUUUGAUACCAUUUAAUUCACUCCUUUUCAGCCAUUAUUAUGAGCCAUCCUCCCCUCAGUAGCCUUCUGUGUUUUAAACCUAACCCUAACCACACUGCUAACUUUAUACCUAACCCUAACCUUAAAUUAAGACCAACAAGCAAAUGUUUGUUUUGAUACAUUUCUAUAAUAUACCCAAUUUUGACUUUGUGGCUGUGUUAUCUAGUGGGAACCUUCCAGUUGUGUUGCAUGUGUCUACACAUGAGAGAUUAUUGUCACGCUGACUAUUCCUCCCUGUAACGGUUAUGAUUCUCACGUCUGUCAAUACUAUAUCAUCAUGAUACAAUAGCGACAUUAGCAAUAGUCAUCGAAAUUGUUAAAAGGUUUUAAAAACAAUUCUAAUAAAUGCAACAGUUGGACAAUGGAUGACAAUGGAUGAAUCCAUCAGAUAUUGACAAAAUUAUAGCACAUAAAACAUUUUACUGGCACGGACAAAUAAUGGAGUUUUUUUUCUUAGAAUGCACUCAUACAUUUUCUUAUUGUAUCAGGUAUUUUUGUGUGUGUUAAACUAAGGACAUUAUAUGUGCCUCAUUUGCAUAAAUACACUGGGUGUAUUUGCAUAUAUUACGACAUUAACAUAAAGGGGAGAAAUAGGACCAACUCUCACCUGCACUGUCUAGACUGCCUCAUUAAUUACUGUUGUCACGUACUUUUGCAUAAUUCAACAAUUGUGUCAAUAGCAGGAUACCCUCGGAUUAAAAAUCAACACGGUUGGCUCUAGAUUACACCUACUUUACAUUGUUUGCGAGAUCAGACAUACACUACAUGACCAAAAGUAUGUGGACACCUGCUCGUCGAACAUCUCAUGUCAAAAUCAUGGGCAUUAAUAUGGAGUUGGUCCCCCCAUUGCUGCUAUAACAGCCUCAAUUUUUUUACAUUUUAGUCAUAUAGCAGACGCUCUUAUCCAGAGCGACUUACAGUUAGUGAGUGCAUAAAUGUUUUCAUACUGGUCCCCCGUGGGAAUCGAACCCACAACCCUGGCGUUGCAAGCGCCAUGCUCUACCAACUGAGCUACACGGGACUUAACACUUCACUCUUCUGGGAAGACUUUCCACUAGAUGUUGGAACAUUGCUGUAGGGACUUGCUUCCAUUCAGCCACAAGAGCAUUAGUGAGGUUGGGCACUGAUGUUGGGCGAUUAGGCCUGGCUCGCAGUCGGCAUUCCAAUUCAUACCAAAGGUGUUCGAUGGGGUUGAGGUCAGGGCUCUGUGCAGGCCAGUCAAGUUCUUCCAAACCAACCAUUUCUUUACGGACCUCGCUUUGUGCACAGGGGCAUUGUCAUGCUGACACAGGAAAGGGCCUUCCCCAAACGGUUGCCACAAAGUUGGAAGCACAGAAUCGUCUAGAAUGUCAUUGUAUGCUGUAGCGUUAAGAUUUCCCUUCACUGGAAGUAAGGGGCCUAGCCUGAAUCAUGAAAAACAGCCCCAGACCAUUAUUCCUCCUCCACCAAACUUUACAGUUGGCACUAUGCAUUCAGACAGGUAGCGUUCUCCUGGCAUCUGCUAAACCCAGAUUCGUCCGUUGGACUGCCAGAUGGUGAAGCAUGAUUCAUCCCUCCAAAGAACGCGUUUCCACUGCUCCAGAGUCCAAUGGUGGCGAGCUUUACACCACUCCAGCCGACGCUUGGCAUUGGCAUGGUGAUCUUGGCUUGUGUGAGGCUGCUCGGCCAUGGAAACUCAUUUCAUGAAGCUCCCGACGAACAGUUAUUGUGCUGACGUUGCUACCAGAGGCAGUUUGGAACUCGGUAGUGAGUGUUGCAACCGAGGACAGACGAUUCCUGUUCUGUGAGCUUGUGCGGCCUACCAAUUUGCGGCUGAGCCGUUGUUGCUCCUAGAUAUUUCCACUUCACAAUAACAGCACUUACAGUUGAUCGGGGCAGCUCUAGCAGGGCAGACAUUUGAUGAUCUGACUUGUUAGAAAGGUGGCAUCCUAUGACCAUGUUGAAAGUCACUGAGCUCUUCAGUAUGGGCCAUUCUACUGUCAAUGUUUGUGUAUGGAGAUUGCAUGGCUGUGUGCUCAAUUUUAUACACCUGUCAGUAACUGGUGUGGCUGAAAUAGCCGAAUCCACUAAUUUGAAGGGGUGUCCACAUACUAUUGUAUAUAUAGUGUAAUAUCACCAUAACCCGAGAGUUCAUUUUCGGAAGUUGCUUUCACUUCAGCGCAUCUAAUUUGUAAACAUUUCAACUGUAUUAAAUGAUUACUUUUAUAAAUUUCAGAAAUAAUGAACCCCCAUCAAAAUAACGUUAUCUUUCUUUUUCUUGUGAAGUGUCGAAACGGUGCGUUCAAUUCCAGACGAAGCUUUAGUGUUCUUAUAGAUUCAACGGAAAGCCAAUGUAUCUGCGGUUGUAACGUUUACGGGAAAGAACGACAGGCACAAGCAAGAGUAUGAAAGAGUAAAAUGAAAGCAAUCAAUCCAGUGUGAUUUAAGUGACAAGUGGAUUUUGCACCCCUCAAACACAGGAAAUAGAUGGCAUGCGCGUUGUUAGGGAACAUUUCCACACACACACACACACACACGCACAGUGACAUUAUUCUCAUUCCCUCCUCUACUACUCUCUCUCGCUCUCUGUCUCUCGCUCUCUGCCUCUCGCUCUCUGUCUCUCGCUCUCUGCCUCUCGCUCUCUGUCUCUCUCGCUCUCUCUCUCUCUCAGGUAAGACCAUCUGGGAGUUGGUCUUAGAGCAGUUUGAGGAUCUGUUGGUCAGAAUCCUGCUGCUGGCUGCCUGCAUCUCUUUUGUAAGUAGACAAAACGUAGUCACUGAUUUUGGCUGACUAUGGCAUAUAGAAAAUAUUACACAGUAAUGACACAAGACAAGGUAAAGACAUGACGUUCUAGUCACUAGAUUCAUUGCUGCGUUAGAAUGGCGAAUGACUUUAGAUGUUCUGUCUCUAGCUUCAUUGGUACAAGACAAAGUGAUGUUAUCUGGUCUGCUCCUCAAUGAUUGGUGUAAUGAGAGCAAGGGGAAGAUAUUAAUGUAUUGAUAAUACCUAUUGAGUGCUCCACAUAGGGGGUAGGGUCUAUACAGGUCGAUAGGUUUGGGUGUAUGUGUGAGUUUGUUGGUGUAAGGUCACUGUGAGGUCACUUCCUGUCAACUUCCUCCUUCCACGUCCUCUCCUUACCACAGUGCAGGAUGGGUAGAUGUUUCAGCGUAGCAGCUGUGCAUGGUGGCAGAGGCCCUGAGAGGACACUGACAGCGAACACACACACGCACACACAAACACGCAUGCACACAAGGUUACAUACCUGCGCUAUGAAAGACACAUACUGUACACACACAGGUCAAUUAUGCUUUGCGUACACACAGAACACAUGCUGUGACCCGUCAGGUUAUAUUUCAUAUGGAUUGAUGUCCACCCUCUCUCCCUCCCUCCCUCACACACUCGCUCACUCACUCUAGGAAUCCCUCCCCCCUCCCUCUCGCUCACUAUUUAAUUUCACUGUUGUCUCCCCUCUGCCCUCCUGUCUCGCUCUCUCUUUUCAAAUCUGUUUUGGGGUAGGGGAGGGGAUGACACAAUGUUUUAACCCCCCCCCCCCCCCCCGCCUCCCCAACCCUUUACACUCUGUCCCUGACCAGCUGUCACUAUGGCCUUAGAAAGAAUGGUGUGUGUAUGCGAUGUAGUGUGUGUGUGUGUGUGUGUGGCAAGAGGGCGCGAGGGGAGAGAGGGCGCGUUAUUUUAAGAAAGUCUCAAGCCAGGCCGAGAAACUGUAUCCUUUCACAAAGGUCAGGGAUGAAAGGAACGAAGGAUUGCCGGCGAGAGAGCGAGAGAGGGAGAAAGAUAGUUUUGCACAAUGGCAUUGUUUGUUGCAAAGACAAACAAACAGAUAGGUGAUAGGUACAUACAGUAUAUGGUUGAGGAAGACACUGUAAUGAUAAUAUGUACUUCAUAAAUGCAUAAUAUAAAGUGAAUAUACUGUAUAAAUAUAUAAAUGCAUUGGCAAUAUCAGUGUAAUGUUUGUAAUGUACUUUCAAAUUAAGGUUCUAUGAUAGUAUGGUACGUGUGAGAAGGCUACAAUCGAUUUCAAUGCAGUACAUUUUGGAAUAGAGAGACAGAGAGGAUGCAUGAUAUAGAGAUCUUAAAAGAGAGGGAAUGAGAGAAUAAAUGGAUAGAGACAAGAAAAGAAGGAAAUGAAGAAACAAGCAAAAGAAAGAAAGAAAAAAGAGGAUGGAAGAGUCAAAUCUUUGCACAAAGGAACAACAGAGUAGAGAAGGGAGAGGCGGAAGAAGAAGGUUAAGAGGAUGGUUUGGACAAAGGAAUAAAGGAUAAUGGAUCGAUGUAUACAUUAAUGGUGGGAUUUCUCUCUUUCUCUGUGGGUUUGAUUGCUUCUUACUCUGCUUCAGUGGAUCAGAACUGAUCUGUGUCCAUGUCAACAUAGCCCCUUUCCUAAACAGACCAGUGACAACAACACGUGACACUCACACACACACAAUAACUCCCUCUAUCACACAUGCACACACAGACAAAAAAGGCUGGCAUAGACUAAAGGUUUCUGAUAUGGCCGCAUAUUGUCAAAUGUGGAAAAGAGUGUAUUCUAUUAUCAAUACAAACCAUGCAUCCAUAUCGAGAGCUCUCGCCUCUCUCUCCCCCUCCUGCUCCCUCUCAUCUCUCUCUCGUCUCUCCGAUCAUCAUCUCUGUCUCUCUCUCUAUCGUCUCUCUCUCUCUCUCGCUCUCUCUCUCUCUCUCUCUAUUCUCUCUCAUCUCUACGCCUUCGUGGUCUCUCUGUUUUCUAGGGGUGUGAGGAAACAGUCACAGCCUUCGUGGAACCUUUAGUCAUCCUUCUCAUUCUCAUCGCUAAUGCCAUCGUUGGAGUCUGGCAGGUCAAUUAGUGGAAACACACACACACACAUACACGCAUGCGCACACAGAAUACAUCACAUGCGUUAGUUUACCCGCUCAGGGUCAGAAUGUGUUACCCGCGGGGGUGGGGGGAGGUGUGUUAUAGGGGAAAAUGCAGCAGCCCCCAAACCCACAGUAGAAAUACAGAGGGACGAUCGGGUUACCGCAAGUAGCGGGUCCGUAUUGGCCUUGUGGUGGUCAUUUGGAAACUAUGCACAAGGAUUCACACAUAGGGGGUUACGGGACGAGGGAGCGGGGAGGGGGUGGAUGUGACGGGUGUAGGGGGUGGGCAUAUUGGCAUAAGUCAGGCUUUACACUUCUGGAAGGGAGGUCAGGAGGAACUGAUGUUCUGUGGGGUUGUUGUUGCCCUGUAGGAGCGCAAUGCAGAAAGCGCCAUCGAGGCUCUGAAGGAGUAUGAGCCUGAGAUGGGGAAGGUUUACCGGUCGGACAGGAAGAACGUCCAGAUGAUCAAGGCCAGGGAGAUCGUCCCUGGAGAUGUGGUGGAGGUGUCCGGUAAGAUUCAGAUUCAGAUUCAGAUGUUCAGAUUUAGGUAAGAACUGUAUAAGCCUCUAAACACUGAUCUGGGUUCAGUUUUGGAUUUCUCUUACCUAAUGACUAAAGGGCUGCGAUUUUGGGGCUGAUCCUAGAUCUGAGCCCAAGGGCAACAUCUACCCAUUUAGGCCCUAGAGUUGUAGGCCCAGUCCCAAGUCGACCCUUAGCCCCAAUACCCACUAAAAAUGAAUGUAGAUCUGAUGUAAGCGAAACAAUCUACCUUGCCUAUCAGAGAUGAAGGUUUAGAGAUUUUUACAACAACUUUUAUCACAAAACGUACAAUUUGUCACAAAAUGAGUCACAAAGUGCUUGAAUCUGUCCAAUCCUCUCAGAUUGACAUCACGUCGUUAGGGUUUGCUAAUAUAUUAUACCAACCCCCCCAAAACAAGGCCUAACACCCAUAGUGAAUAUUGCCUGGUUGACAGACACAGGGAGCAUCCCAAAAGGCACUCUUUUUACUUUAUAGCCAUAGGGCUCUGGUCAAAAGUAGUGCACUAUGUAGGCCCUAGGACCCUUGAAGGUACUUGGGCUAUCCACAGAGGGUACUUGAAGACUCAUGACACCAUAGGUCUACUGGUAAAAUGCACAUGAGGGGGUACUUCAGGGGUACUCAGGGCAGAGCAAAAUUCAGUUGGUGGUACAGUUACCGAAAAAGGUUUGCGAACCACUGAUGCAGGGAAUAGGGUGCCAUUUGAGAUGUAUACCAGUGGCUGGUCCUGGGUCAGAUUGGUUUAUCCCUCUAAUGGUUAAGGUUAGGUUUAGGGUUGGCUAAUCUGAUCCUAGUAUAGAUAAAGGGACAGAUUUUACUACUAAGGGCACAUUUUAAUGUUUAAUGCGUGUUAUUCAUUUGCGGGCACAACAAAUUUAGCAGGUGAUCUACUAAGAAUAUAGACUAAAAUCAAUUAAUUACAUUUACAUUUGACAUUUGAGUCAUUUAGCAGAUGCUCUUAUCCAAAGCGGCUUACAGUUAGUGAGUGCAUACAUUUUUUCUUUCGAACCCACAACCCUGGCAUUGCAAGUGCUAUGCUCUACCAACUGAGCCGCACGGGACCUGCACCAAUGCACUAGAUGUGUGGCUUGGACAUGUGAAUGAGUGUGUGUGUGUGCCCGUGUGUAUUUGAGAGGGUGAGAAAGAGAGAGAGGGAUAGAGAGUGUAUGACAAUGACUAAGUGUCAUUGUGUGACGAAGGGAGGAGGGGGGAGGGAGGGAGGGUGGCUGUCCUUGUGUCCUUGAGACAGUGGGUCCUUUUAAGGCAAUCCGAGGGUAAGAGAGAGGGGGGUAUAGAAAGAAUGAGAGAGAUAAAUGUAUAUACAUAGUGUACCCAUCAUCCAUACAUUUUGUUGUUUAUUUAUUAGACAUUCUUUCUUUCUCAUAAAUUCUCUCUCUCUCUCACCUGUUCUCUCCAUAUCACUGUGUCCCCAAGGUCUCGCCCUCUCUUUCUGUCUGUCUGUCUGUCUGUGGGGUCAGCUUUCAGUGUCGCUAUUCAUCCACAGUGCUAAAUCUAGUCAGUCAUGUCAUUCUCUCUCUCUCGCUCUCUUUCACUCUCUCAAUUCAAAUGGGCUUUAUUGGCAUGUACUUCCAAAGCAAGUGAAAUAAACAAUCACAAAUUAACAGUUAACAUUAAACACACAAAAGUUUCAAAAGAGAAAGCCGUUUGAAAUGUUACAUUAUUAACUAGGUACAGUGUUGUUACAAUGUGUAAAUAGUACAAAUGUUUUCCCAAUAGGUUAUAUAAUUUACUUUUUUUUUGUUAUAAUGUGGUUGGGUCAGAUUGUCUGAGUGCUGUCCUGAGGCGUUGUUGGGUUGGUAGUGGUUAAUAAACUUAGCCUCAGGACUAGUUGGAUGAGGGGACUUUUCUCUAUUAUCAACUCUCUAUCUCUCUCCCUCUCUCUCUCACACCCUCUCGCUCUCUAUUUUGCCAUACUGAAGAGUCAAAAUUUCAAAUAGUGAUAUUUUGACAGUGUAAAAAAGCAGUGUAUUGUCAGAAUGCACUCUAAAAAGUCAGACUAAGCACAACGUUAACCAGGGGAAACCUUGAUUGUGAUAAAGACUCUGAAUUAAAAUUGAGUAAUUAGGUUUGAACAUUCGUGAAAUUAACUCUGAAGUGGAGUGUAGUUUGUGUGUAUAUGCGUGAGGUUGAGAGAGCUACUUUGAACUAACAUUGUCUAUGUGUUUUCUUUCUUUCCCAGUUGGUGACAAAGUCCCCGCUGACAUCAGACUCGUCAAAAUAAACUCUACUACUCUGCGUGUUGACCAGUCCAUCCUCACUGGUGAGUGAUAUUAUCAACUCUGUCUCAGUCUUAACCCUCUUUACAGGACUACAAUGGAAAUAAAUUAGGGCUGUCAGAGUUAAUCAGUUAACUCGAGUUAACUUUUAGUAAUUUUAGUGCACUUUUCUUUUGUCAAGAUUUAUCCCAUUGUCUGAAAGCUUUGAAAAUACACAGAAAACAUCCUAAAUACAUCAUCUAUACAGCUAAAAUCUACAAUGCCAUGUAAAAACAAGCUGACAUUGAGGUUAAAUAAAGUGUGAUUUCUCAAUUUGGCCAAAAUAACAUAAAUCUAUUUGGAUAACCAUUAUUUUAUACAAACUAAAAACGUUAAUAUUCUUGUAAUGUUUUUUGUAUGAAAAAUCUUAAAUUACAUUUGGAAUUUGCAUUUAAAUCCUGAGAGUUACCUUGAUUAAAUGUUUUUAAUCUUUUGACAGCCCUAAAAUAAAUACAUGUAAAACCUUUUUAUUGUAAAACUGUCUCUCUCCUCUUUCAGGUGAGUCUGUCAGUGUGAUUAAGCACACCGAUGCCGUCCCGGACAUGAGAGCUGUCAACCAGGACAAGAAGAACAUGCUUUUCUCUGUGAGGGCCUCUCCUACUGUAUAUAUUUAUCCAUCUAUCUUUCUAUUCCUCCAUCUUGGAAUCUCUCCAUAAAUCUAACUGUCGAUUUCCACACUCCUGCCCUUCUCUAUAUGAGCCUCUUGUACUCUCCAUCUCCUCCACCCUUACAGCCAUUAAUUGACCGCUCUCUCUCUCUCCCUCUUUCCACUAUCUCCUUCUCCCCUCUCUCUUUCUGUAUCUCCUUUUCCCCUCUCUCCCUCCCUUUCUCUCGCUCCCCCUUCCCCUCUCUCUCCCUCCCUCUGUCCGUACCUCAAGGGCACCAACAUCGCUUCAGGCAAGGCUAUCGGCGUAGCCGUGGCGACCGGUGUCUCUACAGAGAUCGGGAAGAUCCGUGACCAGAUGGCUGCGACAGAGCAGGAGAAGACCCCCCUGCAGGCCAAACUGGACGAGUUCGGAGAGCAGCUCUCCAAGGUGAGACAGACAGCUACUACUACACUGCUACUACACUACUACUACUACACUACUAUUUCUACUACUACUACACUAUUUUAGUUGUUGCAACUUGACAAGAUUAUUUUCCCCGCUGCCUUAAAAUGGUCAAGUAGCCAAUUUUUGCCCGUUUUGAUUUGAUGCAACUUAAAGAGAUAUUUCACCCAAAUUACAAAAUUACAAUGGAAUUUGUGCCACAAAUGGUCAAACAUAAGCAUUUGGAAACAGUGCCAGGGAAAUAAAACCAAGUCAUACCUUGUCCAUAGACUUACAAUGUAAGGAAACCAAUAGUGUAAUGAUGACAAUUGUAUUACAUAUCUUUUUAAAAUCAGGCUUUAUCUGACAACCUUUUGUUGUCUAUUCCAUAACAGGUCAUCUCCCUGAUCUGCGUUGCCGUGUGGAUGAUCAACAUCGGCCACUUCAACGACCCCGUCCAUGGAGGCUCCUGGAUCCGCGGGGCGGUCUACUACUUCAAGAUCGCUGUGGCCCUGGCUGUGGCUGCCAUUCCUGAGGGUAAGCACCUGAUACUGGAAUAGCACUAAUCUAAUCUAAAAAGUCUAGAUGGGUCAAAGUAAAGUGGACAAAAGUAAAUCAACCAAUCACGCUCUAGACUGUGUUAACCUGCUGAGCUAAAGCCUAUGUAGCAAAACUAAUGCAAGUCUUCAGGUCUCAAGCAAGGUUUCUCAUCACAAGAACAUGGUUCACUGUAUAACUAAUAACACUCUUUCCCCUUAUCUCUCUUUCUCUACCAUCUCUCCCCCUUCUCCCCCUAUCUCUCUUUCUCUACCGUCUCUCCCCCUUCUCCCCCUCUCUCUCCUUCUCUACCCCUUCUCCCCCCUCUCGCUCCCUCCCAGGUCUGCCCGCUGUGAUCACCACUUGCCUGGCUCUGGGUACCCGCCGCAUGGCCAAGAAGAACGCCAUCGUCCGCUCCCUGCCCUCUGUGGAGACCCUAGGCUGCACCUCCGUCAUCUGCUCCGACAAGACCGGCACCCUCACCACCAACCAGAUGUGUGUCACCAAGGUGGGUACACACACACGCCGUACAAACACACACACACAAACGUCUUGGUUUUUAACCAAAUAAAACGAAAUGGGAAAAAAACAUUUGUUUUUUUAUGUUUCUAAAUACAAAGUAUACAGCCACCAAAAGCACAUUAGGCUACUCUUGUUCCAUGCACAUAUGGGCAGUGUGCGUUACGGCUGGAUAGGCUGCGUUUCCGCUGUCAAAAUUCAUGCCAUAAUCAACUGAGUUACUGCUAGAACCAGCUUUUGGUUGGUCUUAAAUAUCGCUACCGGCUCUGCCUGAAAUUAGCACUUUGGAUCAUGUUAAGGACACGCCUAAAAUAUUUCCACCCCUCCCAUCUGAGCGCAAGCUUGCUGAUAUAAAACAGGUAAAUUACCGAACCUGGCGUUAGAGAUGGAAAAUGCCAGUGCGCCAGUUUUUAGAUAACGAAAUUGCAAACUGACAUGCGUUUGACACUAGUGCCGCCUUAAUGCCAGCCGAAAAUAGAGGCCUUUGUGUCACUGGCCUAUACACAAUACCCCAUAGGGCUCUAUUUUCGGCUGGCGUUAAGGUGUGAAUGCGAGAUUUGUGAAUGUGAUCUCUAAAAUGGUUCUAAUAUGUACAGUUGAAGUCGGAAGUUUACAUACACUUAGGUUGGAGUCAUUAAAACUCGUUUUUCAACCACUCCACAAGAUUCUUGUUAACAAACUAUAGUUUUGGCAAGUCGGUUAAGACAUCUACUUUGUGCAUGACACAAGUAAUUUUUUCCAACAAUUGUUUACAGAUUAUUUUAUAAUCCACUGUAUCACAAUUCCAGUGGGUCAGAAGUUUACAUACACUAAGUUGACUGUGUCUUUAAACAGCUUGGAAAAUUCCAGAAAAUUAUGUCAUGGCUUUAGAAGCUUCUGAUCGGCUAAUUGGCAUCAUUUGAGUCAAUUGGAGGUGUAUCUGUAGAUGUAUUUCAAGGCUUACCUUCAAAUUCAGUGGUAUCUGUAAGUGUAUUUAGACAUAGCCUGUUUAAAACAAAAAUGUCUAAAAACAUGUUUUCACUUUGUCAUUAUGGGGUAUUGUGUGGAGAUGGGUGACAAAAUAAUUCCAUUUAAUCCAUUUUGAAUUCAUUUUGUAACGACAAAAUGUGGAAUAAGUCAAGCAGUAUGAAUACUUUAUGAAAGCAAAAACACAGGUAUUGAAAAACUCAAACUGCAAUAAAGCAUGCUGGGAAAUAGGAUAAUGCAGCCAACUGCAAUAGGAUUGUGAGUAUGCUCAACAUUUGGGCAUAUACUGUAGCAGACCCAACAUACAGUGUUGCCUUCCAAAGGCAAACAUGAAUUUGUCAUUUUACUCCAAAAAUUACACACAUAUAUUAGAUCAAUUUAUUGUCCUUCUAAAGUCCACCCAACUCACAAAAUAACGCUGAUUAAGAAAUUGGUUCAGUUAGCUUUUUUAAAGUGCAUAGUUAAGCAGUGUGUGUUGUGUCUUUGUAAUGUGAUUCCAGAUGUUCAUCAUUGACAAAGUGGACGGAGACAGCGUUUCUCUGGGUUCCUUCGACAUCUCCGGUUCCAAGUACACCCCCGAGGGAGAAGUGUGAGUAUAGUCUGGACACACACACACACACACACACACACACACACACACACACACACACACACACACACACACACACACACACACACACACACACACACACCUACCUGACUUACUGUCUUCUCCAUCUCUCUCUCAGUACUAAGAAUGGUGCGUUAGUGAAGUGUGGCCAGUAUGAUGGCUUGGUGGAGCUGUCCACCAUCUGUGCUCUGUGCAACGACUCCUCUCUGGACUACAACGAUGUAAGGAGAAGCUUUCUAUGUGUGUGCGAGUGAGUUUGCGUGCGUGCGUGGGUGUGCAGUACUGUGUCAGCACUCAGUAUCUGUAUAUGUGUAGCUGUUAUUUUCUGUAGCUGAUAUGUGCAUUAGUCUAGCCCAGAUCUGAUAGUGUCUUUCCCCUCUCUCUCUCCUGCAGUCUAAGGGCAUCUAUGAGAAGGUGGGCGAGGCCACUGAGACCGCUUUGUGCUGCCUGGUUGAGAAGAUGAACGUGUUCAACACUGAAGUGCGCGGCCUGUCCAAGCCCGACAGAGCCAACGCCUGUUGCUCUGUAAGUCUUCCUCCCUCCCUCCCCCUUUCCCCCCUCUCACCUUUCCUCUCCAGUCCACCCUCUCUCACCCCCGUCUUUUCCUUCUGGCCCUCCACUCCCCCUACUCCUAUUCCCCAUCCCAUCCCUCUCAUUCCUCCCACCCCUCUCCAGCCCCAUUUCUCCCCCCCCCUCCCUCCCUCUCUAACCCCUGUCCUCUCCAUCUCUCUCCCAGGUGAUCAAGCAGCUGAUGAAGAAGGAGUUCACCCUGGAGUUCUCCAGAGACAGGAAGUCCAUGUCAGUGUUCUGCUCCCCAGCCAAGUCUUCUAAGGCUGCCGUCGGCAACAAGAUGUUCGUCAAGGUGAGAGAACACCGGCACCCGUCUCUAUGGAAACGCUCAGGGUAAACGUCCCAGUGACGUUGUCAUAUCAACAAUCUCUAUAGCAAUCUUGCAGUGAUCGUUUCUAAAGUUCCAAAAUGUUCCUUGAGUCCUGACCGUUAUCUCUCUCCCUCUCUCCCUAGGGCGCUCCCGAGGGUGUUAUUGAGAGGUGUGCAUAUGUGCGCGUUGGCACCACCCGUGUGCCCCUGUCCGAGCCGGUCAAGAACAAGAUCAUGGCUGUGAUCAAGGAGUGGGGUACCGGCCGUGACACCCUGCGUUGCCUGGCACUGGCCACCCGCGACACACCCCUCCGCAUGGAAGAGAUGAACCUCGAAGACGCCACCAAGUUCGGCGACUACGAGGUGAGAAAGGAGGGGGGGGGGGGGGGGGGGGGGGGGGCGUCAGGGAAGAGGAAUUUAAGUACCUACUGUUUUAAUUGCUAGGUAAUUAAAGGGGUUCCUGAGUGGCUCAGCAGUCUAAGGCACUGGAGGCGUGACCGGGAGCCCCAUAGGGUGGUGCACAAUUGGCCCAGCGCCGUCCGGGUUGGGGGGGGGGUUUGGGUGGGGGCUUUACUUGGCUCAUCGCGCUCUAGCGACCCCUUGUGGCGUUGAACGGUGUUUCCUCCGACAUAUUUGUGCAGCUAACUUCCGGGUUAAGCAUGCAGUGUGUUAAGAAGUAAGCGGGUCAUGUUUCGGAGGACGCAUGUCUCGACCUUCGCCUCUCCCGAGACCAUUGAGGAGUUGCAGCGAUGAGACAAGGUCGUAACUAGCAAUUGGGAGAAAAUGGGGUAAAAACAACAAAACAUUUAAUAAUAAUCAUAAUUACUAGGUAAAUACAAACACUACUACUGGAAUUUCUAUCUAAAUUCAUUGCAUUCAAGCGUUAUUUGAACAACAACUCAUUUCAUUUCCAAAGCACUUACCCUACGUCUCCCCUCUCUCUCUCUGUCUGUGGUCCUCAGACUGACCUGACCUUCGUGGGCUGCGUGGGUAUGCUGGACCCCCCUCGUAAGGAGGUCAUUGGAGCUAUCGAGCUGUGCAGGGCUGCUGGCAUCCGCGUCAUCAUGAUCACUGGUCAGUAUACUGGACUGCAAAAAUCUGGUGCUUUUCCAAAAAUUCCCUGGUUUUCCAGAAAACCCGGUUGGAAGUUCCCUGAAUAAAGACGGAAUAAACAGGAAAUCCGGAAUCCUCCAACCAGAAUUUCUUGAAAACCUGGGGAUUGUGGGAAAGUUACCCGAUUUUUGCAACCCUAACUCACCUUUUCUCUCUGUCUCCAUGUCUUUAUCACUCCCACAGUUUCCAUCCAUCUACCUCUUCUCCGUUGGUUGUCUUUCCUCCAUUAGUCCCGUGUAGCUCAGUUGGUAGAGCAUGGCGUUUGCAACGCCAGGGUUGUGGGUUCGAUUCCCACGGGGGGCCAGUAUGAAAAAAAAAAAUUUUAUGCACACACUAACUGUAAGUCGCUCUGGAUAAGAGCGUCUGUUAAAUGACUAAAAUGUAUUAUAUUUCACUCUGGUGGUCUCAGAGAGGACGGAAAUAAAUUGAGAAACAAUAUCUUACGACAACUCAUUAUCUUCCCUCUCUCUCCCUCCCUCCCUCCCAGGUGACAACAAGGGAACAGCCGUGGCUAUCUGCCGUCGUAUUGGCAUCUUCACUGAGGAUGAGGACACCACUGGCAGAGCCUUCACUGGCCGUGAGUUUGACGACCUGCCCCUCCACGAGCAAAAAAAAGCAGUCCGCAAGGCCUGCUGCUAUGCCCGCGUUGAGCCCUCUCACAAGUCCAAGAUCGUUGAGUUCCUGCAAGGCUUCGACGAGAUCACCGCCAUGGUGAGGGGAGGGAACAGGAACAGAGAAGACACUCCUAUUCAAAACUCAAAAGCUUUAUUGUACAACCAUCCAAUUUACAAAAAACGGAAUAUUUGCCAAAUACGAUUCAUAUCACACAGAACACAUCACUAACAGUCAUCCUCCUUCUCUACCUUCUCUUCUCUUUUCUCUCUCUUCCUCCCCCUCCACCAGACCGGAGAUGGAGUGAACGAUGCCCCCGCCCUGAAGAAGGCCGAGAUCGGCAUCGCCAUGGGCUCUGGCACUGCCGUUGCCAAGUCUGCCUCUGAGAUGGUCCUGGCUGAUGACAACUUCUCUUCCAUCGUGGCAGCUGUCGAGGAGGGCAGAGCCAUUUACAACAACAUGAAGCAGUUCAUCCGUUACCUCAUCUCCUCCAACGUUGGGGAGGUUGUCUGGUGAGUGUUCGGGGGGGGGGGGGUUGAAGUGAACACAUCGUGACCACAUCGCGCCUGACACAUAACCGUGGUUGACCGCCAAUCCAGAGGGAAUUGUUGGAAGACUUCACUGUAGUAGCAGCAUAACUACUUGACAGCCAAUAAAGAAGAAGUAUGAGCGUGACCAAGACACCACCGUGGCCAAGAACAUCAAUAUGACUGCCACACACAGUUCUAGUCACAACUUACUCUUCUCCUUUUCUCUCUCUCUCCUCAUCCAUCCCUCCACCUCUCUCAGUAUCUUCCUGACCGCUGCCCUGGGUCUGCCGGAGGCUCUGAUCCCUGUCCAGCUGCUGUGGGUCAACCUGGUGACUGAUGGUCUCCCUGCCACCGCCCUGGGCUUCAACCCCCCUGACCUGGACAUCAUGGGCAAGCUGCCCCGCUCCCCCAAGGAGCCCCUCAUCUCUGGAUGGCUGUUCUUCAGAUACCUCGCCAUCGGAGGUACGAUAGCAUAAGAUGCCAUACCAUAUAAUGUGACACAACAGUUCUAUUGUCCAUUUGCAUGGAAAUGUAUUUUGUGAAGUCAGGAACACAUCAAAAACACCAAAUACAAUAAAAUACACAACAAAACAAUACAAUUACAAAUGCACUGUCCAUUCUGCUUUCCUCCUCUCUUUUUCAUUCAACAACCGUUGGGGUCACUAGAAUACCAUUGUGAAUGCAUGACCAAUACAUUGCCUCAUUCUAAGUAGUUUGCUAGUGUGGAUGUUGUUUAAGUAGUAUGCUAUGGUGGAUAUUGUUUCUAAAGCCCCGUCUAUACCUGGUGCUAACAUGCAUCCUUUGUCCACAUUCUAAUUGUGCCCACAUUUUUAGACAGGUGUAGACGAUUAAAAGACUCAUUGUGAUCUGAUUGUAAUCAGAUCUUCCAAGUGUAAACAAACAAGAUCAGGUCAAAGAACACAUUUUUUACAUUUAAACAUUUUAGUCAUUUAGCAGACGCUCUUAUCCAGAGCAACUUACAGUAGAGCGCACACAUUUUCACACCGUUUUUCAUACUUGUCCCCCGUGAGAAUCAAACCCACAAACUUGGUGUUGCAAGCGCCAGGCUCUGCCAACUGAGCCACAUGGGACCUGUUAGCAGUAGGUAUAAACAGGGCUUAUGUAGUAUGCUAGCGUGGAUAUUGGAACAGGACCAUGUUCCAGGUUCAACAUAGACAGUAUGCUCACUAUCCAUCUCUGACCUAAUUUUAUCUCAUGAAGCUAUGUCCGACUCUCCAACCCUGAACUAUCCCUGGCUCAAUCGUCAAUCUAACUACAACCCUGACCCAAUGUCAAACGCUUAGAGCCUCAACCCUCACCGACUGCUGCUUUGCCCAAUAAUGGGCGUACAGCAGUGGCAGUCAGUGCCGUUUAAGAUGAGGGAGGAAGAUAAUUUUUUUAAUGAGCAUGGCCUUAUUUCUAUUACAGCAUAUUGGAUGACUGUCAUUCAUAUUCCAUUCACCCAGCUCAAUGUGAUGUCGAUAGGUUUUAGGCUACUACAUGAUACUCUCCCUAUACCCAUCAUUAGGUUGCUACAACCUAGCCUAUAAAUGAAAGUUUACAACAUAGGUGCACAGGUCGAGAGAAAGAUUACAGUAAUCAAGGUGACAGACAGUGACACAUUCAAUACAGCCUUGCACACUCUUGCCUGCAUCUAGCUGAUCUAGGGUGUAAUCAUUAGUCCAACAGUUACAAACAAGAGUUUCUAUUGGACAAAUUCAGGGACGUUUAUCCCCGUUUUGUUCUGUUUGCUUCCUUUUAAGAAACGUUUUAACCGAAUCGGCGGAAUGAAUACGCCCCUGAUCACACGCAAACACAGUUCACUUUCAUAGUCAACAUAGCUGCUAGAACCAACACGUUAGUAAACCCGCUACAAUCAUGCAGUACAGUCAGCAAGCAGUUUAGCAGUUACACCGGCAGGCCCCAAUGGCAAUACAUUUAUAAAACCAAAAGUUUACCUCGACAUAGAAAAGUUCCAGUGUUGGAUAGCCAUAGCUAGCUAGCUAACAUAGCAUCACUCUCUGUUUGAGCCAGGUGUUUAAGUAGGCUAAACUAGUUAGCUGCAUUCACUAGCUAAGUGAAAGUGAAGAAAAAAUAUUUAUAUAGCUAGCUUUCUCUCUCUCUCUCUUGCUUCUCCAUCAUUUUUGAAGAAAUUAAUUUGUUCAAAACUGUUCAACUGUUGUCUUUCUCUGACUCAACUACUCACCACAUUUUAUGCUUUCAGUACUAGAUUCAUUCGCUGAUCUUUUGAUUGGGAGGACGGAAACUAGCUGUCCUCCAGCUACACCAUGGUGCUACCCUACAGAGUGCUGUUGAGGCUACUGUAGACCUUUAAUCAAUUAUUUGGUGGCGUGAAUAUAUUUAGUAUCGUUUUAUCUAAAAAGGAUAACGUUCAUAUUUCACAACAACAAAAAACACCCCUUCCUCCUCUGAGGAGCCUCCUCUGGCAUACAGCCUAGACACCCUGCCCCCUUCUACCACACCACAUUCAAAUUGAACAGUGCUUUAUUGGCACGGUGGUGGGAUACAAACUGUAACCAAAGCAAUAAUCAAAUUAAUGUUAUACCGUUUCUGUACAUCCUCGUGAUAAAGGAACACAGUAGAUAAAAAAUAUUAAUUAAAUUAAAAGUGAUGCAAAGCGAAUUUCCACACAAGCUAACAACAAAGUAUGUCCUCAUCUCGAUACUUCAACAGGUAAAGGAAAUCAAAUCAAUCGGACCAAUUAUAAUUGAGAUUAAUGUUACCUGACUUCCUGUGGUGUGUUCCAGGCUACGUCGGUGCUGCCACCGUUGCUGCUGCCGCCUGGUGGUUCCUCUACAGUGACGACGGCCCUGGCGUGACUUUCUACCAGCUGGUAAGUAGUAGCAUCAGAUACGGAAGAGGAAGCAAGACCUCCCACUCCCCAAUUUAUAUUUCAAUGGAAGUCAAUGAACUAAGCAGACUGCUCUCUCAUUGGUGUCUAUGGGAGAGGCAUAUAUAUAAAUAUAUAAUAAUCCUAUACAAUCCUGGGGGUAGGGGCUACAUAGGACUUACAUUUAAAUUAGUUAUUGAGCAAAAACGUACAGUCUGGUGAGUAGAGCAGAGGUUUCAUCCCAAAAGGCACCCUAUUCCCUAUAUAGGGCCGAUAGGGCUCUGGUCAAAAGUGUUGCACUAUAGGAACUAGGGUGCCAUUUGGGAUGCAACCAGACUCUGUAGAACAGGGAGUGGUCUCCACCUUUACUGGGUGUGCAGGCUUUUGUCCCAGCCCAGCACCAACACACCUGUAUCACAUAAUCAACUAUUGCUUUUUAGAAUUAGAAAAACUUUGUCCACACAAUGUAGAAAUGUGUCUUUGGCUUCACCACAUAAAAACAAGCAUGAAACACCAUCCCAGAUAAUGAAAUAUACCAUGCAAAGUACAAACGUGCUACAGUGCCACUGCAGCACCAAAUUCAUAUAUGUUGCAUCAUUGGUCUAAAACCAUAAUCAUCAUCAAGAGAUCCUCGUUUAAAAUACAUAAAUGGUCAAAGACCUUCAUCAUUAUUAUCAUCAUGAUCAUCAUCAAUCUUGGGGAUAUUUAAUCUUAAGGGUAGGGGCUACCUAGGAUCUACAUUUAAACUUUUUACUGAGCAAAAAUGUACAGUGAAUGAUUCUGUGAUAAUCCAGUAAAUGGUUCCAUCCUAAUUCUCUGAUUUUUCUCCUCAGUCCCACUUCAUGCAGUGCCACGAGGAAAACGAGGACUUUGUCGGCAUCCACUGUGAGGUGUUUGAGGCCGCUCCCCCCAUGACCAUGGCCCUGUCUGUGUUGGUCACCAUUGAGAUGUGCAAUGCCCUCAACAGGUCAGACUGCAACUUGAACUAGAAGCAACUUUGGUUCCUGCCUGGUUCAAUAUAAAGGAAUGUUUGAAGAUUCAUGUUAGAAAUGCAAGAUUCAACAGAUUAAGUCCCAGAUUAAGCCUACUCCUUGACUAAAAAAGCACUUUCAAUGGAGAUUAUCCAUUUGGCAUGCUUUGUAGCAGGACAGGAGUAGGUUUAAUCUGGGUCCUCAAAAUGUGCAACAUUGGUAGUUUGUUAGCACUGUAAUUCUUGAUACACACACACACAGUAUAUCAAUUUAGAGGUAGAACAUGAACAGUGAAGUUAUAGAAAACACUUAUGUUUAUAAAUUAUAGCACUUCUAUAACAGUGUGUUUCUAAAACACAGAGUAUCAAGAGUAUGAUAUGAAAGCCUAAUCCCAGAAGUAGCUAUAACAUUGAAAGUGUAGUAUAACCCCAAAGAAAUUGAAAGAGUAAUUUUGGAUUAAACAUGCAGAACAAACAUGAUCCUCCAUCCCUCACCAUGUAAUCUCAGAUCCCCACACGCUUCUGCACACCUCUUGGCAUACACCUAUGUGGAUAACUGUGUAUAAACACACAUUUUAAAUACUUUAUUUGGAUUCACAAAUCAAAUUUACAUUUUAAGAAGGAUCCAAACAUCUCAGCGUGCGCACACACACAGUGUUCAGCCAGCGUGCAUUACGUAACCCCUCCAUCUCCCCAUCCCUCCCCUCCUCUCCCAGCUUGUCUGAGAACCAGUCCCUGGUGCGCAUGCCCCCCUGGAGCAACCUGUGGCUGGUUGGAGCCAUGUCCCUCUCCAUGUCACUCCACUUCGUGAUAAUUUACGUCGACCCCAUGCCCGUGAGUCUGCCUUGCCUUACCUCACAUACUUGUCCUGUCCGGCUCCAAGAACCAUUCGUUUGGAUCCUACAUCCAUCUCUCUCUGCCUCUUUUUUUGUCUUACUCUCUCGAUCUCCUUCUCGCUCUCCUUCUGUUUUCUUCUCACUCUCUCUCCCAGCAAAACAUUUUAGCUAUAGACAUUAUUGUUAUACAGUCCCCUUUACUGAGUUCCCUGACACUAAGGGUUUUAUUCGAUCCGUAUCGCGGAAAUUCAGCGUAAGCGUGUGAUUGAAAUUUAAAGGCAACGUCACCGCGUUAGCGGAGACUGCAUUCACGGUAAACGCUACAUAUGUCGGCUCAAUCGGAAAUUACCUGAACAUUUCUAUCGCACAAUCUGUAACGCUUCAGUGAUACAGAUUGAAUAGAGCCCCAAGUAAGAGUAUGUGAGAACUAAGAGUAUUUGACAACUGAGUAAGGCCUAGAUUCAAUCUGGACCGCAGAAGAUCUGCGUCAUAGUGCGAUUGACAUUUAAAGGACAUUUCCGAUUGAGCCAACAUAUGCAGCGUUUACAGUGAGUGGUCUACGCAAACGCGGAAACAUUGCUUUUAAAAAGGUGCAUAGCUGAAAAGGGGCGAUCGGAUUGAAUCUAGCCGUAAGAGUAUGCGAUAACUAAAUAAUAUUAUGUGAUAACUAAGUAGUAGUAUGUGAUAUGUGUCUGAAAUGUACCUGUCCUCUCCGCUGCAGAUGAUCUUCAAGUUGACCCACUUGAACGUGGAGAAAUGGAUGGUGGUGCUCAAGCUCUCCUUCCCUGUCAUCCUCAUUGACGAAGUCCUCAAGUUUGUGGCCCGCAACUACCUGGAGGGUAUGGACACACACACAUCGAUUAAAUCUAGAAUAUUCCUUGUAAUAAUAUCCUGUAAUAUCCACAGCAAUGUUCCCUCUAAUUAUUUUGGGCACUGAGCAAAUUUCAGGUAUUGUGAGUGGAAACUUGGAACGUUGUGAGAAUUCUGUGCAACUUCUGGCGUAUCCUUACAGUUUUAGACAGUAGCCAAAAGGAUAUUGUGGCUAUUUGAGCAUAAUGUAGGCCUAUCAGUGGCCUACCAACAAAACCAAUCUCAUAACAUUUUCACGAUUUGGAUUUCUAUGAUAUAGCCUACAGUAGCCUAUAUUUUAUUAAAUUUUUUAUUUUACCUUUAUUUAACUAGGCAAGUCAGUUAAGAACAAAUUCUUAUUUACAAUGACUCCUACACCGGCCAAACCCGGACGACGCUGGGCCAAUUGUGCGCCGCCCUAUGGGACUCCCAAUCACGGCCGGUUGUGAUACAGCCUGGAAUCGAACCAGGGGGUCUGUAGUGACGCCUCAAGCACUGAGAUGCACUCGAUAUCAUAUAGGGUGUUCAAUGCAGUCUUUUAAAACGUUUUUACAUUAUGCUCUGGUAGAAAGCAGUAACGCUGACCAAUUUAAGAAAAGGCAUUAGGGCUAGGGUGGACUGUAAAUUAAGUUUAGGACUGUUGCUACAGCAACACAUCGGUCAGGAUAUUAGAGGAAUGAGGAGAUGGAGCAGGAAUCCAAUACUUGAUUUUACUGCACACACAGAGCACAUUGGGUUGUUUGGAAGUGUUGUGGUUUUUGGUCAGUCACGCACAACAAAGAAAGAACAAAGCCAAGAUGGCCACCCGAUUGAAUCACCAGGACAACUGAAAGCUAGGGGGAAAACGGCAGUUAAAAUAGUGCAGGAAUGUCAAUUAGUUCAGUGGGAACAGGUGUGGUAAUUAGCCAGAGAGGGGCAUGGCCAGAGUAGAGGGAAAACCUGGUUGCUGCCUUGAGCCUUUGUAACACCAAUACUUACCUAUAUCUGGGCUAAUAACUCGCUAACUAGCAUAGAAUAUCAACAAAUGUGCACACGCAUGGCUCUGAUCUGAAAAGCGGAUCCACUCGCUGGUGAUUGAGAGACCUACCCGUCAAUAUAAUUAUACUCCAAUGCGUUUUGGCUUAGCCUAGGCAGCCGAUAGUGGGCGCUUCAUCUGUACUAUCGUCUAGGAUUGAUGUGCCCAGCCGGUAAUACAUUUGUGUCCCCCAUGGGCCGGCUCGUACAUAAAGCAUCCUCCAUUCAGGCUGCAAAGGCAUCAUUUUCCUUUUUAACUAGCUGGAAAAAUAUGUGUACUGCAGUGUUGCCAACUCCUCAGUAAGGAAAGUAGCUAUUGGCUGUCCUAAGUCACUAGAAGUUGCUAAAUGAUGUUAUCACCUAAUUUGCAUAAUUGGCCAUGUGCAUGUAAUUGUGAUGGACGUUGUGGGAGAGACAAAAAGUGAGUAAAAAACAUCCUACAUUUACAUCCCGCCCUGAAUGUAAGCCAGGGCGGGAUCAGCCAGCGGUGGCUUCCCGCAUGCGCGAUUCAUUUGCAGUCUGGACGCGGAGGGGUGAACAUCUCCUGCUCUGACUGCAGCUGGGAGGCACUGCUGCGAGGACUGGGCCGCCUGUGAGUGCUUUGGGACGCUGCUAGUUGAGAAGAGUAAGAACGAUACGUGCUUUCACGUCAGAGUCUCCAAAAGUCUCCAAUAACACCAGAAAAAGUCGCUAGAUUUGUCGCUAGUCGCUUUUUUGAAAAUGUGUCGCUAGAGGGGUCUGAAAACUCGCUAAAUAUAGCGACAAAGUCUGUAGUUAAGGAGGAAAAGAUCUAGCGCCCACUAUCGGCUACCUAGGAUAGCUGUGGCUCUGCCUACAACAAAAUCACAGACUCAAUCUUAGAUUUGGUUUGUUGCAUUGAAAAGUGGCUGAUAUAAUGUUGAUUCGAUCACAGAGAAAAACGAUGAUCUAUAUAGUGCGAACUCAGUGAAGUUUAAUCUCUUGCAUCUCUGCGCGGGCUGGCAUUUCUUCUGCACGGCAGUCCUGGAGGUGGUGCGUGGCCGCGCACAAUUUAGCGUGAACAUUGAUCCACAGCCUUUCAUACCUGCUUCAAUGGCUUACUAAGACUGUCAUCCAUUCUAAAUAUUAUUUAUUUAAUUGCAAAACCUUUAAUAAUAAUGAUAAUCGGUUAAUGUGAUUUACCUUCCUAUCAAGUGCCUUCAUAUCUCUUCUAACCCCUCUCCCCCAUUUUUCCUAUACCUGCCACUGCCUUGGCUACUCCCCCCUCCAUCCUGUUUUCACUUUGUUUAUGAAUCAAUGGUUUUGGAUUUUGUGCCCAGAUGGAGUCAACACUUAAUGUACACUGAUAAUAUAUAAUACAUAUAAUAUCACUCAUAUGUAUUCACUGAAGUCUAUGUGUGAGUGUCUUCCUACAGGUUUCUAUGUAUCCCCAUAUUGCUUAAGGUUUGUCUAAUUUUAUGGCUAUAAUGCCACAUUUAGGUAGUAUUUAGGUAGCCUGUGUAGACUCUUCCACUAGCAAGAUCUAGCUUGGGUUUUAACUUGCUAAUAUUACAACUUUCCAACAUUAACAUGUAACUACGGUCAACAUACAGUAGCCUAUGAUUGUGUGGAAAAGUCAGGUUUUUUUAUGAACAUAUUAUGAAAAAUAUUGGUAUCAUUUAGCAGACGCUUUCAUCAAAAACAACUUAGUCACGCGUGCAUACAUUUUACAUAUGGGUGGCCCCUGGGAAUUGAACCCACAAUCAUGGCGUUGGAAGCACCAUGCUCUACCAACUGAGCGACACAGAACCACCAAUAUGUGGUACUGAGUAUAUAAGUGUUGGAUAACGUCAAUUGAGCAGUACUAAAAUGUAACUAAAUUACCAGAAUAAUAGACAUGCCCAACUCCACAUCAAUAAAUAGUACUUAAUGUAGAUCUAAAAGGAUUGUAUAAUUAGAAAUAUGGUAAUUAUAGGCUGGGUUGGAAUGUUCCCCAUAUUGCUUAUACCGAUCCUCCAAGGGGCUAGUUCUCAAUUUGGGACUUGAGUCUAGUCCUACCUCAUCCGGUUGCCAAUAACCUCAAAAUGACGGCCAUUUUCUUUCCCAUGCAGUUGCUGAUGACAACCUAGUAAGCAAGAAGUGGGACUAA